AUGUCCGGGCCCACUGCUCUAUCGUGUCCAGAGCUCCUUGAAGCCCUUCUCGAGAUAGAAAGGGACCUUCUGGCUCAAGAUGGGAAAAUCGCUCCCACAGCCGCUAAACUGGCGCGACUGCCGGAAGAGAUCAGCAAGAGCAGAGAGCUUGGGCUUCUGGACAAGACUUCAGCAUCACAGCUUCACCAUGCUAUUCAGAGGAUCCAGGUCAUUUCAGGCGUAAAACUCAGGCUUGAAGAAGUAUACCUUCGGCUCGAUUCCGAGUUGAAGGAAGAUGCUACUCGCAUCGCAAGGAACGAGAGCAAUAGCUCAGAUCGAGCCAAGAGCUCGGACCUCUGCGAGACUAUGCCAUCGUACAAUAUGCGCAAGCACUUCCUCGAGCAUCUCGACAAUCCCUAUCCCUCGCAAAAAGACAAGGAGUCUCUCGUCGAAGCCACCAACGCCUCACCCGCUCAGCGCAAGAAGUCCGAGGAGCGAGGCAACAAUCUGCAAAUCAACCAGCUGACGCUCUGGUUCAUCAACGCGCGCCGACGCUCUGGCUGGUCCAGCAUCCUACGCAAGUUUGCCCGCAACGAUCGCCAACGCAUGAGUCUGCUGAUGCAGACCAAGAUGGACGCCUGCAACAUGGGCUCCCCUCACGAACGAUCUCCCGCCAUCCUUGUCCACAGCGUGGACGACGUGCUUCGCGACAAUCUCGGACGGCUCACCGACGCGGACAAGAAAGAGUUCGAGGACGACUGGACGAGCAUGAUCAGCUGGCUCAAGUACGGCUUCAAGGAGAAGGUCGGCGACUGGGUGUACGACAUCGUCGCCAACAGCAAGAAGCCCCUCAAGGCCGGACAACCACGCACAGUCACUACGGCAGCCAACCGCACUCCGGUUCGCAAGACAACGACAACUUCGAGGCCGAAGAGAGCCACGCGCAGAAUCAGCAAGACGCCUUCGGUAGACAGCGAUAUUCAGUCCGAGCACGAAUCGACCCCCGAGCUCAGCAUGUGCUCGACGGCGGACACGAGCUUCAGCUCCUUUGGCAGCAACAUCUCGCUAUUGCAGUACGAUCCAUUCCAGGCGUCACACGAGGCGCUUCUCAGCCCGACACUCCAGGCGGCUGCCUCAAGGAAGGUCAAAGCGCUCCCCAAGGGUCCUCAGAAGGCAGACUCCGCAGAAGAAAGCGGUUCGCUUGCACUGGCAAUGCACUCCAACAGAUUUGCUCCUGCACCUGCGGAAAGCGCCCUUCGUCUCACCAGCUUCCUUGCUCCGCACACGCUCGCAAGAGCACAGACCAGCAGCGUUCCGACACAGCUCUACCCGCCCUACGAUGCGCAGGGACGCGCGCUGAUGCCUGCCAUCCGACGGGAGUCGCUCACCAGCAACAGCCUUUCUGCCGCCUUUGGCUGA